CCCGUCUGCGUGCGCAUGCGCAGAGGCGGCCGCUCCGUGACGCGCCGUGACACCGGCGCCGUGCUGGAGUUUGACGUGGCACUCUCGGCACGCGACUCAACAUCAGCGGAGGACAGGACGCAGCUCAUCGGUUUCCUCCAGGUCACCCUUUUUUGUCCCAGACUGGAAUGAAAGAGGUAUAACGCACACGUGUAUAUAUAUAUAUAUAUAUAUAUAUAUAUAUAUAGAUGAGUCAGCAAGGUUAUGUUGCCGCCCCUCCGUACUCCCAGGCCCAGGCGGGAAUAGGGGGGUACUCUGCAGGUUUUGGGGGCCCCCCGCCUCAGUCGCAUUAUGGUGUGUAUGGAUCUCCACCACAGGGUUACUCCGCCCCUCCGACAGGUGCGCUCAAGCCUCCCGCCUCCUCUUCUUCUGGGAUGCCUACACCGCCAGUAUCCGGCCAGUAUGGUGCUAACAUUCAGCAAAAUGGAGCCCAUACUCACAGUUUUCCUCCUCCUGUUGCUUCAGCUUCUUCCAUGUCUGCUUAUGGACAGCCUCCUCAAAGUGCUUUUCAUAGUAUGGCACAAGCCCCGCCUCCAACUCAACAGCUGACCAAUCAAAUGAGUGCCAUGAACAUUGGAGGAUAUGGCCAAAGGCCCAUGCAGGCACCGCAGUCUCCUUCCAGCUCAGCAGCGCCACAACAGUUUCAAACAUCUCCACCAGCAGCAAUGGGACAUCCACCCCUUUCUCCACCAGGACAGCAGCUGCCCUCUCUUGGAUCUCCUCCACCAAUGGGAAUGUCUGGCCCACCUGGACCAGGUGUCCAUCAGCCACCACUGGGACCCCAAGGCUAUCCACAGCAACCAGGGAGCCCGAUGUCAGGCUCGUAUGGUGCGCAAAUGGCAGGACCACAGAUGGCCGGGCCACAGUCAGGAGCUUUUCCAGGAGGCUUUCCUGGAGGUCCAGCACAAAUGGCAGGCCCUCCUCAGAAGAAGCUGGACCCAGACUCCAUUCCAAGCACGACGCAAGUGAUCGAGGACGACCAGGCUAAGAGAGGAGGCCAGGUGUAUGUCACAAACAUCAGAGGUCAGGUGCCUCCGCUGGUCACCACAGACUACACAGUGCAGGAUCAAGGGAAUGCCAGCCCGAGGUUCAUGCGGUGCACGACGUAUUCUUUCCCCUGCACUGCUGACCUUGCAAAGCAGUGCAAAGUGCCUCUGGCAACCAUUAUCAAGCCCUUCGCCACCGUGCCCAAAAAUGAGACUCCUCUCUACGUUGUAAAUCACGGCGAGACUGGACCGAUCCGCUGCAACCGUUGCAAGGCCUACAUGUGUCCUUACAUGCAGUUUAUCGACGGAGGACGACGGUACCAGUGUGGUUUCUGCAGCUGCGUUAAUGAAGUUCCAGCUCAGUAUUUCCAGCAUUUGGAUCAUAUGGGGAGAAGAAUGGAUCUGUAUGAGAGACCUGAACUGUCUUUGGGCUCAUACGAGUUCAUUGCCACACUGGAUUACUGCAAGAAUAAUAAGCCUCCUAAUGCUCCUGCCUACAUCUUCAUGAUCGAUGUCUCCUACAACAACAUAAAAAGUGGACUUGUCAAACUAAUAUGCGAGGAACUGAAGACAUUGCUUGACCGACUUCCAAAAGAGGAUGGAGCUGAGGCUUCAGCGAUCAAAGUGGGUUUUGUCACCUAUAAUAAGAUCCUGCACUUCUAUAAUGUGAAGAGCGCUCUGGCCCAGCCGCAGAUGAUGGUGGUCUCUGAUGUGGCCGAGAUGUUUGUACCACUUCUCGAUGGAUUCCUCGUCAACUUCCAGGAGUCUCGAGCUGUUAUCAACAACCUAUUAGAUCAGAUCCCCGACAUGUUUGCUGACACCAAUGAGAGCGAGACUGUUUACGCCCCAGUCAUCCAAGCUGGUGUGGAGGCACUAAAGGCCGCUGAAUGCAGUGGCAAACUCUUCAUCUUUCAGUCCUCCAUCCCAACAGCAGAGGCUCCAGGAAAACUGAAAAACAGAGAUGACCGAAAACUAGUGGGUACAGAAAAGGAGAAGACUCUGUUCCAGCCUCAGCGGGGUGUGUAUGAGCAGCUGACCAAAGACUGCGUGGCGCAGGGCUGUUGUGUCGACCUCUUCCUGUUUCCUAACCAGUUCGUGGAUAUAGCCACGAUGGGCGACGUGCCGUCACACACCGGCGGCUCCAUCUACAAGUACAGCAACUUCCAGGUGGAGGCGAACGGUCAGCAGUUCCUCAGCGACCUCAGGAGAGACGUGGAGAAGUCCAUCGGCUUCGACGCCAUCAUGAGAGUCCGUACCGGCACAGGCUUCAGGGCGACGGAUUUCUUCGGUGCCGUGUACAUGAACAACACUACAGAUGUGGAAAUGGCCGCAGUGGACUGUGAGAAGGCCGUGACGGUGGAGUUCAAGCAUGACGACACGCUCAGCGAGGAGUCUGGAGCGGUGAUGCAGUGCGCUCUGCUCUACACCACCAUCGGUGGACAGAGGAGGCUAAGAAUUCACAACCUCAGUCUGAACUGCAGCUCUCAGCUCUCUGAACUCUACAAGAGCUGUGAGACGGACGCCCUCAUCAACUUCUUCGCCAAGUCAGCGUAUCGUGCCAUGCUCAACCAGCCUCUGAAGACGGUGAGGGAGAUCCUGGUCAACCAGACGGCCCACAUGCUGGCCUGCUACAGGAAGAACUGCGCCAGCCCCUCAGCAGUCAGCCAGCUAAUCCUGCCCGAUGCCAUGAAGGUGUUUCCGGUCUACAUGAACAGUCUGUUGAAGACUCCGGCUCUGGUGGGCAGCACUGAGCUCUCCACGGAUGACCGGGCCUUCUACAGACUCCUGGUCAAUGCGAUGGGUGUAGAAGAAACGCAGGUCCUGCUCUAUCCACGCCUCGUCCCGCUGCACACUGUGGAUGUGUCCAGCGAGGCCAUCCCGGCUCCGGUGCGCUGCUCCGAGGAGCGUCUCAGUGAGUCCGGCAUCUUCCUGCUGGAAAACGGGCUCUCCAUGUUCCUCUGGCUGGGACAGGCCUGUCCGCCCGACCUCGUCCAGAACCUCUUCGGCGUGCCCUCUCUAGGCCACCUGUCCUCAGAAGGGCCCGCGUCAUUACCUGUGCUGGAUAAUGCUCAUUCCAGGAAGAUCCAUUCGAUCAUCUCUAGCAUUUCACAGCAGAGGUCCACGUCCAUGAAGCUGCUGAUAGUGAAGCAGAAGGACCGGGCCGAGAUGUUGUUCCGUCAGCACCUGGUGGAGGACAAGGGUCUUCACGGAGGAGCGUCUUACAUGGACUUCCUGUGCUACGUCCACCGCGAGAUCAGACAGCUGCUUACUUAACUCACACACACUCACACACACGCACACACACACACACAGUCCUCUUCUCAUAUAACCUCUACUGCUGCCUAUGAUACACAACCAAACUCUCUUUCUGCAGUCGAGUGCGAACUUUCUGCUUUAUUCCUCGGUGUUUGGCGGGAGGGAAACGUCUUGAGAUGCGCCACAUCUCCCGUUCUAUAUCGAGAGAUCGUCUCAGUCACUCCUCUAGAUUACUUUUACUAAAGGGAAACAUUUCUUUGAAUCCUUAAUGCAGCAAAAAGAAUAAAUGGACUCAUAAUGUCUGGAUUUAAGUGGAAAGUAGGUUUUUUUUCUUUUUUUUAAUGAUAAAUCGGUGCAAUGUCUAUUAAAUUAAUAGACUGAUUUGAGACUGGAUAUAUACAGUCUAUACAAAGCAUGCUCUUUUUUUUUUCUUCAUUUUAUGACUUCAGGGAUGAAAACAUCACACACAACUGAAUUCUACUCUACUCUUGCAAUUGCAUUGCUGUGUCUGCUAUCCCAUUUUUUUCCCAAGCAACAUCUUUGUCUUAAUUUAAUUUUUUUACUCAACUUUAUUUUGCGCACCAAUACUUCAAAAUAUUUAAAGGGACGCCGCUGCUUUUUACCAUCUUGUCCAUAAUAUGCAUAAAACGAACUAUACUUUUUUUUUGUAGUGAAGAGUUUAACUAUUAGACCUUCAAAUAAUAAUCCGAACGUCGACAUUAAAGGCGGAACGUCUCUUAUUUUGUUGCAGUUAAAGCCAGUAAUUAUUCGUUAUUCUUAACUUCGUACAGUUUUGGUCUUUGAAGCAUUUCCAAUCUGAUAUGUUUUAUAACAUAAGCAAUGAUUAUAAUGAAUUUGCCUUAUUUUUUUCUGACUUUUAAUGGUACAUCUCUGGACCAAUACUGUAUAUUUUCUUACAGUUUGAGAUGGAUUAUAAGGACUCGUGAGCAACUAUACCUCAGGUCACGUGCAUCUAGCCUUUGUACCUGUUCAUUAGUGCUUUGGAAACUAAACGCGUGUGGUUCUUCUAUUGAACACAGAAAGGAUUCAUUUCUGGAAGCUGAGGGCAGCCUGUCAUGUACAUUUCAAUAUAAAACCUUUAUACAGCCGUUUUUGAAUAAAGGUGUAGUCCCUGUUAACCUUGAAA